GAAAAUAUGUAUUUACCCCGGCAUCAAACGUCAACUGUCUACGUGGAAGAGUGACGUGGAAUGAUGACGCGCGGGUACGCAUAUCAUGCUCAUAUCAGUUAUUGAUAUUAUACCCUUUGUCCAUAUGCAACAUACAUGUUUCCCUGUUACGCUACGCUACUACGUUACCAUGUAGUGCUCAUGUAUUCGCAUCUCUCUUGUCUUAUCACUUUAGCCACUUAUGCCGCCGCGCGGUUACAAUGUUAUGUAGAGAUCUUUCCCCCGCUUGAGUAUCCCUCGCUAAAUGCCACAUAAGUGUAUUUUUACCAGGUCGCUCGACAUUUGUCGGGGUCACGCUAGGGGCGGGCCGCCGCAUCAUGUCAGGGAACCUCCCGACCGGAUUGGACGAGGUGAUCCUCAUUCAAAUAGAUGACAGAAUUGAUGAAGAUCCUGUCCCUGGGAGGUUUCUGAUGCUACUUUUCGCUGCUCGUUCCGUCGCAACACCAGAUCCUGGUGCUGAAGAGUGGCUAUGCAAAUUUCAAUUCAAAAUUCCUGUAUUCAACGUCACAGUUGUUGGUCAUUUUCCGUUCGCAGUGAAAAAACAAUACGUUGUAUCCCCUUGUGGGACGACUGGUAUCAUAUCACCAAAAUCGGACUGGCGCUCCCACAUGCUCCAGGUGCUCCCAGGUGCUCUGGAGCCUCCGGAGUGCUCUGGACCAGGGGACUUUGCUCCAGUUGCCUGUCCGAUUUUCGUGAUUGGCAUGUCAGACCUGUUACUGGCCAGUAGGCGCCCCAUACCAGAGACACCCACCCAUGUACUGGACGAUCUCUUGGGGGUCAGUCCUCUGUACUGGAGCCAUCAGUCCGAGAACCGUGGCUCGGGCAAUCAAACUGAGAAUCAUGCAUGCAUUAUGUUCAAGCCCAUUUCCCUCACUGAAGGGUCUUACCUACGGGCUCAGUCUCGUGGCAGAGAACUGGAUGUCAUUCCGACCCUUGGCCUGUAG